AUGGCAGAUAACUCAGCCCCCGCGGCCACGGCCACCGAGAAGAAACAAAAACAAAUCCUCCUCAACGCCUUUGACAUGUUCACCCCCGGCCACCUUUCCCCAGGCCAAUGGCGGAAUUCUUCGUCAUCCGACCUCUCAACAACCAAAUUCGACUCUCUUGAUUACUGGAUCAACCUCGCCAAACUGUUAGAAAGGGGAGGCAUCAACGCGCUGUUUCUGGCGGAUACUUAUGGCGGGUAUGAUACGUAUGAGGGAAGUCUGGAUGAGUGUGUGAGAAGGGGGGCGCAAUGGCCGGUGGGGGAUCCUGUUGUUCACCAGCACCAGCAACAGCACCAGCAACAGCACCCUCUGUCCCACGUCCCACGUCCCAUGUCCGAUGUCCCUUAUAGCCCCCCAUCCCAACCCUAUUCCUCAACAAACAGCGGGUAG